UUUAUAUAUUCAAAAAAGUAUUGAUUUUCAUUACGUUUUGUUUAUUUUUAAUGAAAAGUUAGUGAGUUUGAAGAAAUUGUUGUGAUUGUCAUCGGCCAUCUUGAUUUUGGUUACUGGUUCAGUCGACAAAAUGGUGGUCAAAUUCAACAUGGCGACAAAUCGGAAAAACGAUCAGACGUUUGUGUGUUAAGAAUCCGAAAUAAAAACCUGUUUAACACAAAUUUCCACUAGUUGUUUAGCAAAACCGAAUAAGAAAAAUCCUAGUUGGACGUGCACGAGUUGAUGUGAUCGCGUAUAAACAUCGACGGCAGGUAACCUGCGAAGACGCCGGUUGUGAAACGAAAUAACCCUUUCCCAAACGAUAUAAAAAUGGAUCAUAUUCAACAAUUAUUACUUCAAACUGGAUGGAGUUGUGAAGAUCUCAUCUCAAAACUCAAUGAAUUUAAGCAAAAAAAUGAACUUGAAGCUAAACAAGUUGUGAAUUCUAAUGGAAUAAGUCAUAAUGAAGACUCUGCAGAUAUAAUUAAAGAUUGUGAUGUGGCAGAACCAAAGAAAAAUGAUGAAUGUGAAGAGAAAAUGGAUGUAGACGAUCAUGAAGAGAAAAAAGGUGAUCUUGAAAAUAAAGAGGAUGUUAAAACCAAUGGAAUAAAUCACAACGAAGAUGAAUCUAAAGAAGAUUAUUCAAAAUCUGAAAAAUCGAAUGGUUUCGAUGAAAAAAUGGAGUUAGACAAUGAUAUUAUCAGUAAAACUGAUGAUAAAUGUGAAAAAAAUAAUGAAAACUUAUUUGAGACACAAAAAGAAUUAGAUAAUACAAUUCCAAAAAGUAGUAAAAUGGAUUUUGUACCCCACAAAAUUUGUAGUGAACUUUUUGAUCAUACAUAUACAUUAAAUAAUAAAGCCGAUUGGACCGAGAAAGAUUAUCCAAAAAAAUCAUAUAAAUUUAAAACGAUUUCGAAAUCUCGACGAUUAAAUUUCUUACAAAAAUCGAGGAAAUUCCGAAAACAAAUUCUCAAACAAAAAAAGAUUGAUAGAAAAUUUUUAAUUGCUCAAUAUAAAAGUCCCGAAACGGUUCGAUCACAAAUUAUGGAACAACUCCAAUUAUUAAGAUCGAGAAGAUCCGAAUAUUCAAUUACGGUGAAACCAUCCAAAGAUAAAAUUGUAAGCAAAAAGCGUUAUACUGGCGAAAAAUGGUCAACAAUCAUCAACGAAUUGAUGCAAUUAGCAGAAGAUCAAAACGUGGAAAUCGAAUCGAACGAUAUUUUACAAAAUCGAUGUGAUAUUAUGAUGGAAAAUAAUUUUGAUAAAAAAUCCGAUUCUAAUUUAGAGAGUAAAAGUAAUUCAGCAAAAAGUAUCACAGAAACUUUAAAGAAUCGAAUUGGAAAUUUGAAUAAUGAACCACUCCCUAGUACAAGUUCUUCAUUCAUUAAAUCAGAAGAUGAUAAAGUAAUGGAUGAAACUGAGGAGAAACCGAGUGGGUUAAAAAAUAUUAUGAUUGUUGACGUUCGUGGAGGCUGUGAAAUCAUUCCAGAUAAUAAUAAACUCGAAGAUGAAAUAAUGGAGGAUAAACAAUAUAUGAUCAAACCAACAAAAACGAAUGAUAUUACAAAAAUAAAGGGGUGGAAAAAUAAAAUGUUUUCUGUCUCAAAUCAAAACAAAUUAAAAUUAAAUAAUUCAAAUUCAUCAGAAGCGGCAUUUUCGAGUAGUAAUUUAGAUGGUUUCCUUGAAGAAGCUGAUCUCCAUAUAAGCUUUAAAAUCCCAACUUUAGAAUCAGGAGUUUCACCUGUAAAAGAAAUUAAGAAAACUGAAAUCGUCCCAGCGCAAACAUCGCCAAAAGAACCCGACAAGGAUUUAUUAAAUUUGUUCCACCCAAGAACUUUAGGACAGAAAAAACGCAUUUUGACUUUAAAACCUGAUGGGAAAUUGAAAAAGAAUGCGCAAAAACCGAGAACUUUAGCGGAAAAACGGAGAUUAAUGGGAAACGAGAGUUUGAGCAAAGUUUUUAAAGAUAUUAAAUUACUUAGAGCGGAUUCGAAACAUUUUAACUCAUCGUUCGUUUUAUACCGCGGUAAAAAAUUAAAAGUGGUUACAAAAAACCAAAACGAUAUAAUUGCUUAUAUUAAAUCGAUUAAUAAGCCUUUAUGUUCGACUUUUGCGCCUAAGAAAAUGAAAAUUAUCAAAACAAAACCUUCCAUUUUUAAUAACAUUUAUUCGCCGACUUCGACAGUUUUACGUUAUCGACCUGGACCUCUUUGUAAAAAAGCCGACCUUCAAUAUAAUAACCAAAAUUGGAAAACAACGUUAAAAAGAUUACCCAAAAUUAAAUUAUUAGUAGUUCCUGAGUUUAAAAAACCAAUUCAUCCUUACGUUGAAUUUUUAAUGCCUAAAUAUGACUUCGAAAUCACCUCAGAUCGUUUAGAAUUCGCUUUAACAGCUUUACCACCGAAAAGCAAAGAAAUUACCUGUUUCGAUUUUAACGUUCCAUAUCAAAAUAAUCAACAAGAAAUUUUAUUACGCGAGAAAAACACCGAUAGAUCAAUUUUAAAUAAAGAAGAGCCAAGCAAAAUCGUCGAACAUGAAGAAAUCGAUAAUAUUUGUAGAGAUGUUAUGGAUAAAAUGAUAAAUUAUGUUGAAAUUAAAGAAAGUGCAGAUGAUGUUGUUAAAAACGAUAUAAAUACGAUAUUUUUAGAAGAAGAUAAAAAGAUUGAAAGUCAAAACGACAAACGUAUGAAAAAACAUCAAAGAAAAUCAAAUAAAACCAGUAAUGAAUUAAAACGAUUAAGCGUAAAAGUAAUUGAAGUCAAUUUAGAAGAAAAAGAGGAAAUUAAAAAUUGUCAAAAAGAUUUUUGCCGGCUCGGUUGCGUUUGUAGGAGUCUUUCGACGAAUUCUUCGUUGGUUUUAACACAUUGUGGUCGCGUUGAGUGUAUGUUUAGAUGUAAUUGUAACUAUGAUCAAUCUUCAAAAGGUAAUAUUAGAGUAACAUUACCAACAGGAGUUGAUUUAUUAUCGGAAGGAGCCGUUAAUCGACUUGAAAACGUCGCGAAAAGAAAUUUAGCCAAAGUUGAGAAAGAAUUUACACAAACUGUUAUACAAGCUAACAACCAAACGAUCGUUGUUGGUGGUUGUUCAAAUCGACAUCGAAGAGUUUCUAAAUUACCAAGAAAAUAUGAUGAGGAACAAAACGAUUAUUUCGUUGAAAAUUCCGAAAGUUACGUAGAUCUCGAAUUGAGGCACUAUCAAUUAAAAAAUUCGCAAGUUAGUUUAACUAAGAUUAAUUUAGAUGAUAUUGUUCCUUAUUGCUUAACACAUAAAAUUUAUGAUUGUCAAUGUAAAUGUAUGGCGGAUUAUAUUCCAAGUGAAGAAUCCGAUUUUGAAAUGCCCUCUGACGACGAUGAAUACUUCCCUGAUGAGGCAUCUUAUAAUAAAAUAAUGGAUAUUUCAAAGAAAAUACAAUUUCCAUCAAUUUCUGACAGUUGUUCCAGAGUUAAAGGCAUCCCAACUGAUUAUUACUUAAUCAGAAACCGAACUAAAACAUUCAUCAAAAUGAGAAAUCGCAAAUUUGUGCGAAAUAUGAACAGAUUUUGGCUCAAACAUGAUAUGGACGUUGAUCCUGAGGGAAGACCGCGCACUCCGGAACAACCACCAAUAGCACCCACACCAACAAACGAAUUUAUUAAAGUUACAUCAGAAAAGAGUCGAAGAAAACAAGAAUUGGUUGUUCGAGGUGAUGGUGACGUCGCUAUUAUUUUACCACAACAUGACGUCGCAACUAAACCUAAGAAAUUAAGACCGAUUAAACCCAAACUUCCGCCACCUACAUUACCAAACACAUUCACAACGAAAGAUGUUUUUAUGAAAUAUAAAUUAAAAGAAAACCCUUUAUUUAAAGACGCGAUAAAUCCCGAAAAAAUUCAUGAAAUAAAGCAGUUAGAAACCACCUUAAAAUCUUCUUCUAAACAAUUCGAAGAAAAUUCGAACCAAAUCACGCAAAGUAUAAGAUUAUUUACGGAAAAUUUAAAGCAAGUUGAGGAAGCUUCGAAUUCCGUUAAAGAAGAUUUAAAAAAAGUCGACGAAAAUAUAAGAUUAAUCCAAGAAGAUUCAAAAGCGAUGAAAAGAUUUAAAAUGAUUUUUCCUUUAAUCCGAGAAAACUCGCAUUAUUUCCAUCCAUCACCCGACAUUGCAGACCGAUUUACGAAUAUGUUAGGAAAAAAGGAUGAUACAACCUUUAUUUUAUUGCAAUGGAAAACAUUAGCUUAUUACUAUCAAUUAGGCAAAGUUAAUGUGUGGUUCUCUUCUUAUUACAACUCCCCAAAAAUUAUAAUAACAGAUUUAUUUAUACAACCAAAACAUUUUACGAACGUUAAGAAUUUCGAGAGAUCUCACAAUAAAUUUUUAUUAAAAAAUGAAAUUAUUAGGGCUUUAAUAACCGGAAAUAUCCCCGGAAAUAAUCCAAACGACGAUAUUCAAGUUAUUUUAGAAUUAAGCGAAAUGUUGUGUUACGUUCAUGGAACAUUCAAAAAGAACCAUAAUAAAGAUAAAAAUGGCUCUCAAAAAAAGAAUUCGAAAAAAGAUAAAGAUAAAGAAAAGAAAGUUACAACAAAUUUGCUUCAAGAAAAUAAAUCGAACAAAGAUUUAUCGCAAGAUACAAUAAUAUUACAAGAAAAUCAUUGCGAUGAACCAAUCAUUUUAAACACACCAAUUAAUUCAGCGACAAAUACAGAAUCGAUUUCAAUAACAACAAUUACAAACUCAACUACUUUAACGUCAAAAUCAGUUAUUUCAGCAAAUUCUGUAAAGUCAUCAAUCACCGUUUCUAAAACAUCAACAAUUCAAAACGAUUCUGUAUUUGAAAAUAUUGAAAUUAAUGAGGUUGAACCAGAAAAAGAAAAAGUACCCAUCUUUAAUUACCCAACGGUUCGAAAAAUAAUGUAUUCAAAAUAUAAAUGCCAACAAUAUAAUUAUGUAUCAAUCGACAAAGAUAUUGAAAAUAUACCUCCUUGUACGAUUCGAGCGCGUUUACCCUUAAUUAAAAAAUCUGCGUUAUGGAGGAUGAUUAAAUUGAAUUCAGACUUUUCGGUUUUAUCCCUAGAUAAAAGUGAUUAUCGUAUCAAAUAUUCCGAUUUACAAAAAGUGUUAAAAAUGUCCGAUGACAAACAGAUGACGAUUGCUAUAAGAACGGAACAAACUUCUACUAAUCCUCGAACUCACAAAGAUUUUGGGAUUUAUGCUUCCCCGAUUUCAUCGAAUUGCGUUUUUAUUGGACCAUAUCUUCAAACUGAACAUCACGACGUUGUUUUAAUGCGAUAUUUAAAUCGCGAAUUAAUCACGACGGAAAGAUUUAAUAGCAUGAAAGGGUUACCGCACACGAAUUCCGGGGUUUGGUUACAACAAAAAAGAGAUUUCGCCGAACGAAAUGUGCAUACAAUUGAUUUAACUGAAAGCGAUCAUGAAGGUGGCAACAAAAGUGAUGAUGAUGACGACGAGGAAGAUGAAAAUAGACCGAUUCUAACGACUAGAGAUUUGGAAAUUUUUGAAAACGACGCUGCUAAUUUUCAUUACAAUUUUCAAACUUACAUUGAAAUUGAUAUUACGAAAAUGAAUUUCCAGAAUAUGAGCGUUUUAUAUUUUUAUACUAACGUAAAAGGUUUGGGUUAUUUUAUGGGAAAUCAGGUUGGAAAAGAUACUGUUAUUUUGAAGUAUCCAGAUUCGGGAAGAGCGUUGCAGUUUAAAAAUAAAACGAACGCUAUUGAUUUCCUUGAAAAAGAAUUGUCUUCGUCGUUUAUAGAAGCGGCUGGAUUUAAAAUUAAGGUGACUGCUUUUGGGCCAGGAAAGAAAACGACGAAUAUCUUCAAUAAAAAUCUAUUAAACGGAUAUUAUGUUGUAAAUGAAGCAGGUUUUACAAACGUCUUAGAGAUCACUCCAGCGAAAUUAAGGGAGCUCAAUAUGACCGAAACAAAAUUCUGUAGGGGGGUAUCUCAUAGGGCUGCAAGAAUGGUUUAUGAUCAAAGUUUAGAGGCUUCAAAACAUUGUACAGGAGCACCUUUUGUACAUACAAGAAAAUCGACCGUGGCUUUACUAAAAUGGUUAAUUGAGGAAGUUGAAGAACUAAAAGCUGAAAGUGAUCGCCAAAGCGUACAACUAACAGUUUUCCACCAACAAAGACCAAUGCUUGUAGAACAUUUCAAAGAAGUUUAUUUGGAUUUAGCUCCAAAAGCCGACGUAAAACUAAAAGCAAAAAUGGAGGAGCUUCUUAUACUUAACGGAAUCUCAAUGGAGGAACCAACAAAUUCCGCUGAAACUUCUUCGAAACAAAACGACGUAAUCUGUAUCGAUAUCGAUCGAUCGUCGUCUACAUCGCCUAAAAUAGAUCAACAAGAUCAAACAAAAUUGCCGAUUUACACCAAAAAUCCUGAUAUGAUAAUAACAGCAACGACCACUAAAAAAGAAAAGAAAAUUAAUAAUCCUGAAACAAAACUCCCCAAGGUUUCAGUGAAGGAUAUAAGUACCCUGAAGGAAAAGGUAGAAGAAAAAGUCGAAGUAAAAAAAAAUGAUGUAAAUAAAAGCGAAGUAAACAAAAACGGUAAAUCUAAAACUAAUAAAUCUAAUAAAACUUAUAAAUAUUUAUUUAAGACUACGAAAGGAAAAUUGAUUGAAAUUGCACCUGAACAAUACGAAAUUUUAAAGGCGAAUAAAAUGAAGUCGGCAACAACAUCGAAUUCUCAAGACAAUACUUUUCAAUUGGGGUCGUUAACUAUAACACCAAAAUUGUCUAAAGGCGGACUCGAACCGCUUAUUUCCAAUUUACCAGCGGCUGAAUUAAAAAAUAUUGUAAUCCCCGAUAAUCUCCCACCUGGAUUUGUUAAAUUAACCCUUAAAAAUGUGCAAAAAGGGGCUGAAACCAAACCGAAUACAGAAAAUACUUAAAAAAAAUGAAACAUUAAAAAAAAAUCCUAAGAGUAUUAACUUUAAUUUCAUUGUGAUCAUGUAUAUAUGGUAAUAUUAGUUAAUAAUAUAAGAAAUAAGCAAUGUAUAUAUUUGUACAAAAAAAAUCUUUUCGUUUUUCGUUUUGAUAAAGAGAUUUUUAUACACUUCUAUUUCUAUAGAAUAAUUUUAGUAUUUUGCGUUAAUCUUUGUUCACGCACUUCUUGUAAGGAUAAAAAGACUUUAACAUAAGUGUAAAUGAAUCAACGUUUUUUUUAUGCAUAUUUAUAGCGAUUGUACAUACUGUUAAAUAUACUUUCUUUUUUAUAGUUUUAAUCCUGGAAGAGAAUAAAAGUUGAUUUUGAGUUAAA